AUGCUUCAUGAGCUGGAUGUUGAUAUCUCUUUGGCAACUGAUGAUAUUAAGGAGUGGACAAGUAUUUCUCUUUGUUCUUCAGAUCAGGUAUCAUCCAAAAAAAAUAAAACUUGGUAUAAUAUAUUAGCUAGAGAAUUGCUAAUUGAAACUCUAAUUAGAGAAGCAAAAUUUUCUAACAGCAAUUCUUUUGAGUUGUCUGAGAUUCCAUCAGAUUUUUUUUCUCUAAUCUAUACUGAUAUUAUUAAAGAGACUAAUGUCAGCAUUGAGGAAUCAUCACCUAGUACUACUAAUGAGAGAUUGUGGAAAAAACUUCAGCAUGCUCAUGAUAUCCAAAGUAUUAAGGAUUUUCAAAACAUUUUUGAUAUAGCUACUGCAUAUAAAACUCAAAAAGAAAAGACACAGCUAAUCAUAUCAGCAUGUAAUAAUCUCCAAUUGAUAAGUAAACUGGUCCAAUUCAAACAUUUAACCAAACCAGAGUGUAUUACGGAUUUAAGUAGUCAAACAUUGGUUCACUUAAAGCAACUUGAUGAUUAUAAUGCUAUUAUACUUGCAACUAAUAUUCUUAUACCAGAAACAAUUUACUUCCCUAUACAAGCUCCAAUACUGCAAGUACGCAUAAAAUUGAUCAUCAUGAAUAUGUUAACAAAUUACUUCGAGGCCUCAAAGCAUUAUCAGACUGUGUCAACAG